GCUUGUGCUCGGCAUUCCAAACCCCCCUGGGUCCUUUGACACCUCACAAUCCUUCCAGGAGAAGCCAGCAGUGGGGAUGAAUGCUGCCCUUCCGGGAGUGGGCUCAGGCAUUGGCUCUGUCCUGAAGCAGGGAUGGAACCUCCGAGGAAGUGAAGAGUAAAGGCUGGGGGCUGGGAGUGGCAUGAUGCAUCCGGGGUGGGGGUGUCCGUGCAUGGUGACCAUCAGCCGGUAGAGCACGGGCGCAGGAGACGCCUCCUGCUCGGAGUAGAGGAAACACACAGGCUCCCUGGCUCUCUUGCCCAGAGGAAGCUGGCAAGGACACCCAGGCUCCACCACCUGAGCUCUGGGUUUUGGCCUCUCCUGGUCCGCUCUGGAGGUCUCCUGUCCUAGGGUUCAGCCCCCAGGCCCUGAUUUGGGUGGGCAGGCGGCUGUCAGGGGCCAGAGCCCUGACUGAUGCGUGCUGACGCCCCCUCUUGCGGCUGCGGGGACCCGGGAGACUUGGCUGCCUCUGCGCACCCCCGCGGCAGCCUGCAGGCGUCAGGGGCGGGGACGGUGCCAGGCGCCCCUCACUCGGCCCCGCACCUGCGCGCCACUCCAAGCUCUUGCGGCACGGUGGCGGGUCCGGCCUCGCUCCCUCCAGGAGCCUUCCCAGCGCGUCCGGUGGCCAUGAUGCCCAGGCUUGCCUGCUAGCAGGCUGCCAUGUCUCGAGAGGCAGGCUCAUGCCGAGUGGGCACUGGGACAAGGGCACGGUCACGGAAGCCCAAGAAGCCACACUACAUCCCACGGCCCUGGGGCAAACCCUAUAACUACAAGUGCUUCCAGUGUCCUUUCACCUGCCUGGAGAAGUCCCACCUCUACAACCACAUGAAGUACAGCCUCUGCAAAGACUCCCUCUCCCUACUGCUAGACUCCCCUGACUGGGCAUGCCGCCGUGCGCCCCCAUCGCCCAGGCCUCAGGUGCCCACCCCCAACUGUUCCACAGGCUUCUCAGACACUAGCAGCAAACCUACUGAGCCAGCUCUCAUUGUCACUGACAGCCUUUCCCAGCACCGUUGUGUCAGAGGCCCCAAACCUGGAUCAGAGGAGUCCUCAGGGUCACUGCCCCCUCUGGCUAGAGCCAUCCAGAAGGGUCCAGGCAGCAGUGGCCUCUUGGCAGAGUCAUGGAAGCCGGGACUGAGUAGUGGUAUGAUGAGUGGGUCUCUAGGGGCCAUAGCCUCGGCAGGCUCUGAGAGCACUGUCCCCUGCUACCCACCUCCUGCCCAGGGGGAGUUCCCUGAAGCCCAGAGCCUCCACCUAUCAUUGCUGGGUGUCAACUACCCUCUUGGCCCAGGCCUCUUCUCCUAUCUGGGGCCCUCACUGGCAGCAGCUGCAGCCCACAUGCCCUUCUUGGCCUCGGCAAGCCCCUUGCUGCCCCCGACAGCCUUCCCAGCCCCACAGGCACCUGAGCGUCCAGGCCUGGCUCCCCGCCUCUACUACCCACUGCUGCUGGAGCACAGCUUAGGACAGGCAGCAAGCAGAGCUGCCCCAGCCAAGUCCUCUGUGCUCCUCAAGGGGCCUCCUGGGGCUCUGGCUGCUCCUGGGAUGCUAAAGGUGCCUGUGCCAGGGCUGGGGAGACCCUGGCCCCAUGAUGCUUCCAGAGAUGCUGGGCAUGAAGGAGAGCUGGACCGAGUGGCUCAGAGCAACCCGCAGAAGAGGCUGCCCCUAGGCAACAUGCCUGAGCUCCCAAAGGUCCCCCUGAACCUGGCAAAAUUUGGCUGUCAGAACAGCCUGCCGACAGGCUCCUCCCUGAUCCUCUGGCCUGAGGACAAGGAGCCAGGUGACCCUAAAGCCGCAGGCCCUGAUGUCCACCUUCUACAGCAGCCACAAGGCCAAGUGCUAGCAAGUCCAGUCCCAGUGGGAGAGGACCUGACCGAGGCCUUUGGUGACUAUGCCAGGGUGGAGCAGCGCUUGGGGCAGCUGGGACCGGCUGGGGGUCUAGCCCCCAGACCUCUACGAGAGCAGCUUGGCAAGAUCCGCCGCGAACUGUUCACCAUCCAUCAGGCGUUGGCCCGGGCAGCUCGCCCACCGGACACACCCUUGGACCUCUCAGUGAAGCGGGUGCCUACCAAGGGAACUGAGGCACCUGCAGAGUCCUGGGGGCUGCUUGAUCCAGGCCCCAUGCUGGCAAGGGGGACCUCCAAGCCCUCCAGCGUAUUAGGCCCUGUGCUUGAGCCUUUCUCAAACCGUACCACCAAGUGUGAGGCUGACUCCAGUGUCCCACCUCCUGUCCUCCCCCUCCAGGCCCCUGAGGAACAUGGAAUUCCUGGUAGUGGCUGGGGCAAUCAUCUUGGAGCUGGCAGCUCUCAGACCUCUAAAGAUAACCCGAACUUGCAGAUCCUCCCCGGUGCUGACGUCUGUCCGCAGCCACCUUAGUGUGUGGGCUCCUCUCCCUGACCUGGGCCCCAUUGUCUGGGCCUGUCCAGUGUCAGUGUGCAUGUGUUCUGGACAGAUGCCCACUCCCCAACUCCCCCACCAGCCCAUGGUAGUCUCUGGGGUCACACGGACAUAGCAAGGUCAUGAUUUAUUUAUUGAACAAAGUUGUGGACAUUAAAAUAGAAACUGCUUUCAAACACCCUA